AUGCAUCCCCAUCUGCAUACCCAAGAGGUGCAAAAGAACUGCGCCGAUGUUGUCGCCGCCCUCGACGAAUGCCAUGCCCGCGGCUUCAUCUGGAAAGUCUCGGGGAACUGCACAGAAGCAAAGUACAAAGUGAAUAUGUGCUUGCGCGCACAGCGACUCGAGAGGACGCGGAAGAACCGAGAGGAUGCGAAGGAGAAACGGGCGCAUAUAGAGAAGGUGUGGGCCGACUUGGAUGCAGACAAAUGAGCGUGAGAAGAGGAGGAAUGUAUCAUUAAAAUCGAGGGGGUACGUCUGCAUUUUUGGGAAGCAUCGGUGCAUGGAGUUUACUGAGUGUUGGGCUUUGUACAUUUGUACUAUAUGGAUUUGGAUCUGCAGACAUCACAGCAUUAUGGGGUCAUGAUUUGGUUGGGGAUGAUACUAUUACAAGGCAGAUGAACUCUUCUUUAAGCCGUUGUUUGAUAUAAAUACACACUACUCAUCAUCCGAGUCCUCACUCGAACGACCGGCCAAGGGUGUAGUACCGAGACUAUCCAGGCCUCUCUCAGUGAGGAGUCUGCCUCCGUCUACACCGCUGGCAGGUAGAGCU